UGCGCUCUGAGGUGGGCAGUCUCACCUAAUUUAAGAAACCCAAUCUUCGCCUUUUUUGACUCUUUGAUACUAUCGACUAUCCGAACAUUUUUCUUCUUCCCCUCUUUCAAUCUUUCAAUCUUUCAAUCUCUCUUCUCUUCUCCGACCAUGGCCCUAGAACUUUGGGAGACACUGAAAGCCGCAAUCACAACGUACACGGGUUUAUCUCCGGCGACUUUCUUCACGGUUGCUGCUCUGGUUCUUGCAAUCUACUAUGUGGCUUCUGGGUUGUUUGGAUCAUCGGACCAAGGCAACUAUGGAAGGCCCAGGGAGGUGGAGGAGCACGUGGAGCCCCUGCCGCCGCCGGUUCAGCUCGGCGAGAUCACCGAGGAGGAGCUGAAGCAGUACGAUGGCUCUGAUCCCAAGAAGCCUUUGCUUAUGGCUAUCAAGAGUCAGAUCUAUGAUGUUUCGCAAAGCAGAAUGUUUUAUGGACCCGGGGGACCUUAUGCAUUGUUUGCUGGAAAAGAUGCUAGUAGAGCACUCGCUAAGAUGUCCUUCGAGGAAAAAGACCUUACAGGCGACAUCUCUGGCCUCGGUCCAUUUGAGCUCGAUGCCCUACGCGACUGGGAAUACAAAUUCAUGAGCAAAUAUGUCAAGGUCGGGACCGUCAAGAGUUCAGUGACAGAAGGUGGCCCGGAGACGUCUAACGAAGAUGGACCUUCACAGACAACUGUUAACCCAGCCGAGGAUGGCCCAUCAGAGAGCGCUAAGCCCACCGAACAAGCUCAAUCAGAAAGCGUCCCAGCUGAAACCGGGGAUGCAUCUGGUGUCGACACUGAGAAAAAGGAGUAGAUGUUGCCAUAGUUCAUCAAGCUUGCACUGAGGAAAACAGUUGAUGGUUGAAGGGAUGGUGAAGAGCAGCUUUGUUGUCUGUUUAUUGUCUUGCUGAAAUUUUAAUUCCAGUAUAGAAUACAUCUUAGGUAGCCCACUUGUCUGAGUAUCUAAGUAUUGAAAUAAUGAAGCAUAUAUUUCAUACAUGCUAUCUUUGCAAUGGACAUUUGCAUAUAUAAUGGAACUUACUUUUGUCUCCUCAAA